AUGGCUGACGACCUUCAGGAUCAGCUGGAAAUUCCAGCAGAUCUAACUGUUAGGGGUGUUGCGGAAGCAUCAACUGCACGAUCAGGUCCCCGCAGACUUCCAAAGAAACGAACUAAGACCGGCUGUUUGACUUGUCGAAAGCGCCGGAUCAAGUGCGGCGAAGAGAAGCCAAUAUGCACCAACUGCGUGAAAUCGAAGCGAACCUGUGAGGGUUAUGCCCAGCGAGUCGUGUUCAAGAACCCUAUAGGCAUCUUUGGGUCUUUCAGCACUGGCCACGCCCAGGACCCGCAGAUAGAGCAGCAGCAGCAUGUGAGAGUGCCGAUAUACAAUAACUAUGGCACUCAACUCCCUCCCCAACAAGCGGCGGCCGCUGCUCAGCACCCAAUGUUGGCUCCGCGACCUGCUGAUCCAGUGAUGAUGAGAUAUCACUCAUUUCCGUCCCAAGUCCCUUCGCCAACUCACAUCGAGCCGAUUAAUGCACCUCCCUUCUAUUAUCCAGCAGCUCAAGUGCAGCCGCCAACCCAUACGUGGGACAUUCAGCCGAUUGCCCAAGCAGAGAGCAGCUUGGUUCCGUCAAAUGUGACUGACUUCUCACAAGCACAGCAGUCAGUUCAGCUGGGUCAAACGAACGCUCCACAUAUGCCCCCUUCAAUCAUACAAAUUGUACCCCAGAUCACCAGUCCCAUCGGCCAGACAGCUGAAGAAUACGCCUCCAAUCUCUCCCCGGUGCCAGCUCUCAAUCCAAUGCCGGGAAACAAGGAGAGCGAAAUCAACAAAGUUCUUCAGAUUACGCAGCCGCUGCCUACGAUAUAUCAUUAUCAGUCACCACCAGGGCAAUUACCGCAACAAUUACGAUCUCACGAGCAGUUUAUCCCCCGGAUACCCCAACAAACACAAGUGAUAUACAUGGAGGAUGAAAGCGAAGAUUAUUACGACGUGGACUCGGAUGAUGAGAUGGUGGAUCAAUCGCAGGCCGAAGGCUUCAAUCAGCUGAGUCUCAUCAUGGCCUCUGCUAACCGCGAUGAAAGACAACUCCGCUCCUUCACCACUUACCUGAACGAGCCCAAUGUACUCGCCUCAUACCGUCCUACACUUGGCUCUUCUCCCUUAAACAACCCAAAGACCGCCCGCAUAUUUGCUCACUUCAUCCACUCAACUGGUCCAUCCUUGUCUAUAUUUGAACGACAUCCUACUGACUCCUCGAUUGUUCUGGGGGCGGCUGUCCCAUCUGCACAACAAGGAUUAUGGGUCUAUACACUUGCCCUCAAAGCUUUGGAGCAUCCAGCCCUCCUCCAGGCAAUACUGGCUGUCAGCAGCUUACAUAUUGCAUAUUUACAGAAAGUUCCCACAACGGUAUCUUUGAAACACUAUCACUACGCCCUGAAACGAGUUGGCUCCGCAGUCGGUCUUCCCCUCCGACGCAAGCAAGUCGGGACCUUGGCUGCCACUCUGCUCCUAGGCUAUUAUGAGGUGAUAUCUGCCGACCACUCGAAAUGGAAUAAUCACCUGGGUGGGUCCACCCAUCUUAUCCGGGAGAUCGACUUUGCCAAGACCACCAGAGAUCUACGGGCCCAUCGACGUAGAGCUCAUGAGCAGCGACUGCAGUCGGGUUGGACAAGCUCAUGGUGGGGAAUGCCUGGCGAAGUCUCUGAGGACGAUCCCUUCUCUGAGAAAGAGGACAGCAUCGAUCAAGAUUUUAUAGGCGCUAUUAUGGGACGAGCAGUCAACUAUGACUAUUUUGGAUGCAUCAACGAGGAGAGUACGCCGCUCGCCAAAAAGCAUUUCACCCGCAAGGACAUUGAGGUUUUCCGGAUUCAAUGCGAUCUGUACUGGUGGUACGCAAAGCAAGAUGCACUUCAGAGUUUUAUUGGUGGGAACAAAUUAUUAAUGCCCUACUCUCAAUGGGGUCAAUGUCCGCCUCGAGCAGGCAUUGGCCGUUUAGAUGCCAUUUAUGGCUCCGCAGAUCACCUAUGGCUCCUGCUCGCCCGGGUCACAGAUUUUGCCUUGCGUGAUCGCAAGCGAAAGUUGAGAACACUGAAGGCCGGUGGGGUGGACUGGAAGCCAGGCCCUGAGAUGUUCCAAUUUAUGGGUCGAUUCGCUGGUGGCCCUCCUGGUCAACGACCUGGACCACCUGGCGGCUUCGGGUACCCCAAGGCCCCACCCAUGGCAGACCCUGCUGGGGCCUCUCCUGCUUCAAGCCCCGGACCGACCUCGGCCGAUAGUCCUCCAAUGUACGGAAUGAUACCCCCUCAACCACCUGCACGUCUUCCCUCAGGAUUCCAAGAUCGACCGCUUGAGCCUCGUUUGUCACCCGAUGAGGAUGACCCUGCCCACGACAUGAGCUACAAGGAAGCAGAACACGAAUGGGAAGAGAUCCUGGUUGCCAUGGGCAUAUUCUCCCAAGCGUUGGGCCGCGAUUUCCAGCCUUUGCCAGCGGAUGUCGCACCUCCAAUCUCUACACCGUUCGGUCCUGCCCUCCAGUAUCGUACCCAUACCAUCGCCGCGAUUUGGGCGUUCUACUAUGCCGUUCGCGUUCUGCUGAAUCGGAUUCACCCAUCCAUGCCACCGGCCAUCAUGAUGGCAGCUGGGGUAGCUGCUCCAACCACGGCUGGAUUUGCACAGACUAUUGGGAAGAUCAUGGCGGGUGUCUACUAUCCGCAACGCUUUAAUCUCGAAGCUGGAAGCUUGAGUCCGAAUUUGGGUUCUGGCUUGACUGACAUGACAGUGCCGGUAUUCUUUGCAGCUGUGCAAUUUGUUGAUCCCGCGCAGCGAGCUUGGACGAUUUCGAAACUUCGCGACAUCUCUCGCUUGACUGGGUGGAAGACCGCGGAUGCAAUUGCAGGGGGCUGCGAGAGAUCAUGGAUAGUCGCUGCAAAGCAAGGUCGUGGGCCACCCUAUCAACGGUCAUUUGAGACUGACCGAUCACGGGAAAAGGAAGAAGAGCGUGAGACUGAGGCUGUGCUGAAGGAGGUUGAAGAUCGUCGAUUUGUGACAGUGAAGUCGGAUCGAUCGCAUUGGGCUAUGGGAAUUUUGGAAGAGGACAUUGCAAAUUUAGAGGUUUAG